CACUUUUGUGGUGGGAGUUUGUUAUUGAAUAUAGAUAAUUUUUAAAUAUAUUUACCGUAAUUAGGUACUAUGAAUAACACGCGGAAAUGUGGAUAAUUAGAUAAUUCGCCUUCGAAGCUACCUUAGCGCAUCCGCUACUAAUGACAAACGCCACGCUUGAUAACAUGUAGGCCAGGUCAUGUGAAAUGCUUUUUGCAUAUACUUCAUUCGAAAUUAUGUAUUUAUAUUCGUGAACGAGGAUGAUAGAAUAUCACUAAAUGUGCCCGUUUAUUUUGUAGAUUGUAGACUGCUCAGUAUGUUUUAGUGAUUCAAAUAUGUUUGAAUAUUUUGAAGGUUUCACCGAACUUGUGAAAGAUUAUGUAGUACAUUACAUCGACAUCGACUACUCGCUGUGGAUAACAUGGUUCCUCGCUCCGCUGUUGAUAACUUUCCUAUUGCCAGCAUUUAUAGCCCUUUUGCUCUACUUCAGCGCGUUCGUCUUGUACAUAUUAACCCUGCAUUGGCGAAAUAUCAAGGAGACCUUGCAGACCGGGGACAAAUGGGAAGCUUCUAGGAAAUGCAUUGCUGCCAUAUGGGAUGCUCACGGGUGGAUCUGGCAUGGUUAUGAAGUGAGGGGCCUGGAGAAUUUGCCCGACACAGGACCUGCCUUAAUAAUUUACUACCACGGAGCCAUUCCCAUUGAUUUGUAUUACUUUAUAGCGAAAGUAAUAUUCCACAAGAACAGAGUUAUACAUCCAGUCGUCGAUCACUUUCUUUUUAAGGUACCAGGAUUCAGUAUCCUCGCAGACUGCAUGGGCGCUAUUCCAGGGACCAUCCAGACAUGUUCGAACAUUCUGAAACAAGGGGAACUGUUGGCUAUCAGCCCCGGAGGUGUUUACGAAGCCCAGUUCAGCCACCAUUACAAUUUGAUGUGGAAAAAGAGAAUGGGAUUCGCUAAGGUGGCUUUGGAAGCUAAAUGUCCUAUCGUUCCUUUCUUCACUGAGAACGUGAGGGAGUCUUUUCGCACUGUGAGCGUUGGAAGGAGAUUUUUCCUGCGGAUUUACGCCCGCUUCAAGGCACCGCUCGCGCCAAUAUACGGCGGUUUUCCGGUGAAAAUGAUUACGCACGUCGGAAAACCCAUUCCGUACGAUGGAAGUUUAACACCGGAGGAACUUCAAGCUAAGGUUGCUGCCGCUAUAGAGGAUCUCGUCCAGAAAAAUCAGCGCUUGCCUGGAAAUAUAUUACUAGCUUUAUUGGAACGAAUACCUUUUUUCAGGAAAAAGAAGGAAAAAACGGAAUGAGAAUCAUUUAGGAAGUGUACAAAAAAUCUGAUGAAUGUUCCCAAUUAUUCUAAAAAGACAUCGAAGCAAGUAUUAAUUAUAUGACAUUUAGUAAAGAUUCGACCUAACUAGUACUUUGUAAUUGCUUUAUUUGUUUGUGUAUGUUACCAACACAACAUUUAUGAAAUACUGGAAUUUACUCAAGCAAACGUUUUUUUUGUAAUUCAGGCCCCAAUGUGUGAAAUCUUUCAUGAUGAUCCUUCAACCUGAUUCAUUUCAAUCUGAUUGUUUUUCCUAUGUACUUACUACUCGUGACUGACUUGGCUUGCACUCCAGGCAUAUUUUUUACCUGAAACCGUUUUCACUCUGUUCUAUUUAUCAUAUCCAAGGUUUUUAUAUGAAUAAAUUGUUAUAGAAAAGCCACAUGCAUUUCAGAAUAUAUCGAAAGGAAAAAACGAACUAAAAGGUGAAAGAUGUAUUAUUUUAUUUUUGAAUAAAUGUUUUUCAUAUAA